CGACGCACACAUGCACGCAUCCACACACACACACACACACACACACGUUUACGCACACACUCAGACACACACUGAGGGUGACUUGUAUAGGCAGCCAGCGCAGAGAGAGAGAGAGAGAGAGAGAGAGAGGAGCUCUCAGAAAGGUACACAGAGAAGAGAGUGGAGGACAGAAAGCAGGAGGACGGUGGCCGAGCAUCUCCUGCACCUUUUCACUGCUGCACGCGCACUGGAGCUUACAAGUCGACACUUUACUUGAUAUACUUUGAGAGAGAGAGAGAAAAAGAGAGCGAGAGAGAGAUUACAACUUUGGCAACUUUAAAAACAAAUUCUUCUCAUUUUGGUUUUGAGAAAGACGCGAUUUUCUGGAGGAGUUUUUUUGGUUCAUUCCCGAACCCCCCCCCCCCCCCCCCCAAAAGAGUCUUUCCAUCCUCCACCGGAGAAGUUUUGAACCACGUGACCCGCGGUGUCCCGGCUCGUGACAUGAACGUGUCACCCUGAGAGGGAUUUCUGGCGUGUUUCGUUUCUUUGCCUUCAAGUUCGCUGACCCACCCAGGACACCCACCAUGAGACAGUCCCCAUCCUCGUGUGCUUUUGGCUCUAAAACCUUAAAUUAAAGGUUAACGUGACUUUAUCUCAUCUCCACUCCACGAGCUCGAGGAGCGGAGCCCCGGGGAGCCUCGGCUCACCUGCAGCAUCUCCUGCGACGCUCUGAUUUCCACUUGCACUUUUUUCCCCUUCAACGCCACUUUGUGACUAUUCAAUUUUGUAUUUAAAGAUAGAGAUCCGGUUUAUCUGACGGACAGACUCGUUCAUUCAUUCAUUGAAACACACACACACACACACACACACACACACACACACACACACGCCGCCGCCGCCUCGGCUUUGGAGCGCGUAAAGGAGCGCUGCGCUUUUACGCACAGAAGAAACCCCCCAAAAACCUUUUAAAUCCAUCCCCGAGGAUCCAGAUCUCCUUUUUUCCCCCUCAAUUUUAUUUGACAAAAAAAGUUCAAAAGUGCUCCGGAGCUCCAGAGGGACCCGGCCCGUGGGAGGAGGGGAGGAGGAGGGGGGGGCUUCUCCAUCACCAUGCUGUUCGACGCGUUCGACCUGGUGUCGGCUCUGGCCACGCUGGCCGCCUGCCUGGUGUCCAUGGCGCUGCUGCUCGCCGUGUCCCAGCAGCUGUGGCAGCUCCGCUGGACGGCCACGCGGGACAAGAACUGCAAGCUGCCGAUGCCCAAAGGCUCCAUGGGCUUCCCCUUCAUCGGGGAGACCUGCCACUGGCUGCUGCAGGGUUCGAGCUUCCACGCGUCGCGGAGGCAGAAGUACGGCAACGUGUUCAAGACCCACCUGCUGGGCCGGCCCCUGAUCCGGGUCACCGGCGCCGACAACGUGCGCAAGGUGCUGAUGGGCGAGCACACGCUGGUCACGGUGGACUGGCCCCAGAGCACCGCCACGCUGCUGGGGCCCAACUCGCUGGCCAACAGCAUCGGGGACAUCCACCGCAAGAGGAGGAAGGUGUUCGCCAAGGUGUUCAGCCACGAGGCUUUGGCGUCCUACCUCCCGAAGAUCCAGCUGGUCAUCCAGGAGAGCCUCCGAGUGUGGAGCUCCAACCCGGAGCCCAUCAACGUCUACAGGGAGAGCCAGCGGUUGUCCUUCACCAUGGCGGUGAGGGUGCUGCUGGGCUUCAGGGUGUCGGAGGAGGAGAUGCGGCACCUGUUCACCACCUUCCAGGACUUCGUCGACAACCUGUUCAGCCUGCCCAUCGACCUGCCGUUCAGCGGCUACAGGAAGGGUAUCCGCGCACGAGACGCCCUGCAGAAAAGCAUCGAGAAGGCCAUCCGGGAGAAGCCGCUGUGUUCCCAGGGGAAGGAUUACAGCGACGCGCUGGACGUCCUGAUGGAGAGCGCCAAGGAGAACGGCACCGAGCUCACCAUGCAGGAGCUGAAGGAGGCGACUAUCGAGCUGAUCUUCGCUGCCUUCGCCACCACGGCCAGCGCCAGCACCUCACUCAUCAUGCAGCUCCUCCGCCACCCGUCCGUCCUGGAGCGCCUCAGGGAGGAGCUGAGGGUCCGGGGCCUCCUCCACAAUGGUUGCCUUGUUCCAGGAGAGCUGGGGCUGGACACCAUCGUGAGCCUCAAGUACCUGGACUGCGUCAUCAAGGAGGUGCUGAGGCUCUUCACGCCCGUCUCAGGGGCAUACCGGACCGCCAUGCAGACCUUCGAACUUGACGGAGUGCAGAUCCCGAAGGGCUGGAGCGUGAUGUACAGCAUCCGCGACACCCACGACACCUCGGCCGUCUUCAAGGACGUGGACGCCUUUGACCCCGACCGCUUCAGCCAGGAGCGGGGGGAAGACAAGGAGGGACGCUUCCACUACCUGCCGUUCGGCGGCGGUGUCCGGUCCUGCCUGGGCAAGCAGCUCGCCACCCUCUUCCUACGCAUCCUGGCCAUCGAGCUGGCCAGCACCAGCCGCUUCGAGCUGGCCACCCGGCAGUUCCCCCGCGUGGUCACGGUGCCGGUGGUCCACCCCGUCGACGGGCUCAAGGUCAAGUUCUACGGCCUGGACUCCAACCAGAACGAGAUCAUGGCCAAGUCGGACGAGCAGCUGGGAGCGACCGUUUGAAGGGCGGAGGGCUGACGAGUCGAGGGAGGUGGGGUUGGGGGGUGUCGGGGGUCUUUAGGGAUUGAAGGAAGGAAAGAAAGAAUUUCAGAGUUAUUUUUUCUUCUCCACCUUUUGCUCUGCCAAGUCGGAGGUUUAUCCUUUUCAGACUAAAAGAAAAACAAGAAGUCUUCCGUUGAUGAUCGGGACUUUUUUUCCUCUAAGGAAGAAAGAAGCUGCCAAAAAAAAAAAAAAAUCUUAAUCGAGUGCUCUAUUCUAUGUAUUAUAUCUUUUUGGAAAAAGAAAUAUACAAACAAAGUGUAUGUACAAAAAAAGCUAUGUAAUAUAAUUUGAAAAUAGAGAAUGGUGGGUGUAGUGCACAAUGGGAGAGAGAGAAGCACGGCACGAUGCUUUCUGGGGAAAUGAAGGGUUUGGAAUUUGGAAAAAGCUAAAAGUAAAAAUGAGGUUUGAGGAAGGAAGGCAAGAUGACGAAGGCAAGGAUGAAACAGGGUAUGGGAUGAAAGAAUAGGAUAUCGUAGCAUUUCGCUUGUGCUUAAUCAAAUGCAGUGAACCAUUUCAGUUGUCGAGCGGGGUAAAAGAGAUGGAUAUAUAUAUAUAUAUAUAUAUAUAUAUAUAUAGACCGAUAGAUCUAGAUUUUUCCUCCCGGAUUAAACUCGUGUUUUCUGUUUAUUUGGUGGGCGUUGUGUUUUCCAUCAAAGUGUCCACCGACAUUUAACUUUUCAUUCAUUUCUAAUUGUUUACAUGCAAGUUUACAAGGGAAUCGCAGCACAUCGGGAAGCGAGAGAUAUAGUUAUACACCGGCUGCAUAUUGUCACUGACGUUUUGAAUGGAUGUAAAUGGGCAAUUUGUUCAAAUUUUUUUUUUUUUACAAACCUGUCCUAUGCUGGAUUAUAAUCCUCCUAUUGCUUCCAUUCAUGUACCGGACAGUAAAAAUAAGCUUCAGUUUCUUCAAUGACAAAAACGUCACAAAGAGACAAAGAGGAAGGACGGCAAGAGUUCGUAUUUAAGGGUUCUCGGAAAAAAAACGAAUCAGAAAAUAAGAUUCAGGAGAACAUUCUUCUGAAGUUCGACAACCUUUUUUUUUUAAUCUCCAGAGACUUCCAACACUUUCUUCUUCCGGCCUUCUGCUACCCACCGAUUGGCCCAACGCCUUGACUCAAAAUGUCGCCCAUAUUUAUAGCAAAGUAAUCGUGGAACUCAGGUGCAGAGUACAUUUAGACAUUGUGGUGGGUGCUUUUAAAAUAUAUAAAUAUAUAUAUUUAACCCUUUUUUUGGGGGAAAUCUGUCAAUACCUUUGCCUUCAGUCCACAUAAACAAGAGGAUACCAGGGGUCUCCAAUGACACAUGCUUCCACUUGACUUAUUAGUAUUACCUUCUGCAACCAUUUUGCCCCCCCGACCCACCGAGGAAGUAAUUUGGAUGGUGCAAGCAGAAUCAAUCUACAUGAAUUUGCAAUUAUUGGUCCCCACAAAAGAUUUAUUUUUUAAACAGUCCUUAAAAAUCAAAGUAAUUUGCUUUUAAGUUCCGUUGAGAUUGCGCCCUCCGGGACGGGACGGUGACAUCAUGCAAUCAAAGGACUCGCUCUCACGAAGCGGCGAGGACUUCCUGAGCCGGAGGACGUCGAAAGAGGAGACGGAGAGGGAUGGAGGCGGAGGUGGAAGAGACUCCACCGCUUCGUCUUUUUGAGUUGCGUGGGAGGAGGUGACCAUUCCGAUCGACGCUGAGAAUGCAAAAGAAAAAAAGAAAAACAAAAUUGAAAUUCCACGUUUUUUUUCGGGAGCUGCGAGAGAUGUUAUUCGUUGUUCGAGGUGAUUGCGCAAUCAGAACUCUCGGAGCUUUUGUGCGUCGGAGUCGGACUUUGUUUUUCUCGUGCGUCGAUCGGCUUCUGCGACGGAAUCUUCCGGAAUCCCUCGAUAGAAUUCUAUCGACCAAUGAGCUUUCAGGGGAGGGCGGAGGGCCUUUUCUUCCCUAUUGGACGACCCGAUGGCGGACGGGACUCCGCCUGUUCUGGACGUCGCUCACUCUUUCUACCAAUCACACCACUGAUUCCUUCACGAUCAACAAAACAAAUAUAUAAAAAUUGAAUUAUUUUGCUGCUUUAUUGUGUGUACAUUUUCUAACUGAGAGUUCGAGAUUGCUAUAGUUUGUAUUGAGUGAGAGUUGAUAUUUCUUUCCCUUUAUAUAUACAUAUAUAUAUAAAUACAUAUAUAUAUAUUUAUAUAUAUAUAUACAUAUAAUUCAGCUGAUUAAAAUAUUUGCAUUUCGUGAAAAGCAAAAAGAGCAUUAAUAGAUUAUAAUGUAUAUUAAUUUGUACAAUAUCCCUUUCUUUAGCAAGCCAUGGGGAAAAUCAGCUAUCUAUGUCUACUAAUAACCUAAUAUUAAUGUUAUUGUACAAUUAAUAUUGUUGUUAUAAGAUAUUUGAAAUGCUAUUUUUUAUUCGAUUACAGAUUUAGAGUUUUUAGCCUGAAUGAAAAGGUCUUUGAUAAAUAUUGGAUGUAUUUAGAAUGUUAUGUAUUUCAGUUAUAUUGUAAACAGUGUUUAAAAUGUUAAUAUUGUUGAUUUGAUUCCUGUAAUAAUUAUUAUUUGUUUUGUUAUUCAGACUUAUUAUCACUGCAUUUUAUUUGAUAUUAAUUAUGGAAAAGAGAAAGCACUUGCGAGGUAUGUAUGUCUAUUUGUUAAGUGCCAUGUGACUACACUUCCCCUUCCUGUCGGUUUCUUAUGUCUCAUGUCAUUCUGUACAUAAUAUUUGUAUUUGUUUUUACAGGAAGAAAAAACGUUCUUUUAGUUUAAAUAUGAAUGUCUUGGUCUACUUUCCUCCUUUUUUCUUUUUUUGUUACCGUGAUUGUUAAAUGUACUCCUGUAAUAAACUAUAAAGUAAAAAGAUAAAAAGUGAA